AUGGAGUUUGAAGGAACAAUCGAGUCAGGUGUCUCCGGUAUGGAUAAAGUCCUGACUGUAUUCUGGGAGUUGAGGAUCGAGGCCGCAGAAACGCUCAAAUCCCAUUGUUCCGGACACACUGGGAACGGAUUUGCAACCUACGAGCAUUGCACGCAGUGGGCAGUGGCUGACAAGGCAAAAGAGUGCCCGCCGAUUGACCGACUAUAUGCCGCAAAGCCUUGCAAAUCAAUCAAGAGCAAUAUUGGAGUCUGGUUCUUCCACUCGUCGUAA